AAGGAGCUGCAGACAGAACGGGGCAACGACGAGAAGGAACCGGCCGGCGAGCAGAGGGAUCGACGAGUACCCGGCGUACGUUUGUGUUGUGCGCGCUGUCUUCGAGAUAGGCUCUUAGUGUCGCUCGAGAAGUUGUCCUUUGACGUUUCGUUGGUCCGCACGAGGAAAACGUUUCGUUUUUCACUGGAAACCCCCGGUUGAGCCUGUGUUUAAAAACUAGUAGAGAUGACGAUGGCAACGGAGACGGAGAACACCGGGCCGGAGAGCAAGGAGAUUAAGGACGUGAAAGAGAUGAAAGAGGUGCUGAAGAACGAAACGACGCCGGACAAUAAGCAAGAGGAGAAGGAUGCGGCGAAGAAGGAAGAAAGUGGGAAAAAAGAGGAGACAGCCGACGCCGCGGCCGCCGCGGCAUCCUCGGCACCGACGAAGGCCAUCAGCGUGCAUAAAACCAACUUCGAGAAGGACACUGUUUAUCUGUAUCAGUUCUCUCGAACACCGCUUCUGCCCUCCCUCUCGGCGUAUUGUCUCAAAGUGGAGACGUGGUUGCGACUCAACGGCAUCAAAUACGAGAAUGUGGAUCACAAGAUGAAAUUCCGUUCUAAGAAGGGCGUGCUGCCGUUCAUCGAGCUGAACGGCGAGGAGUAUGCCGACAGCAUGAUAAUCCUCCGCGAGCUAAGCCAGAAAUUCGGCAAAGACCUGGACGCUGCUCUGACGUCCGAGCAACGAAGCGUCUCGCACGCGAUGAUAUCGAUGAUCGAGAACCACCUGGCCUGGGUGGUCAUGUGCUGGCGCACCAAAAAUCUCGAUCAGGUUCUGAAGGGGUACAAGGUGAACCUUCAGCACGUCCUUGGCACCCGCAUCCCCAACAGCAUUCUAAACUUCUUCUUCAAGCUCACGUUCGUGCGCAAGUGGGAUUUGUUACAGAGCGCGAAAAAGGUGAAGGCGCAGGGUAUGGGAAUGCAUACCCCCGAAGAAGUGUCCCAGUUGGGUUGCGCCGAUCUCAAGGUUCUCUCCGAUAUGCUUGCCGAUAAACCCUUCUUCUUUGGAGACGAGCCAACCACGUUGGACGUCGUAGCGUUCGCUCACCUGGGUCAGAUUCUGUAUAUCGACAAAGACACGUCGUACAGUCUGCGAGACUACAUGCAGGAGAACUGUCCGAAUUUGGUUGGACAUUGCUCGCGUAUGAAGGAGCGGUGCUUCCCGGAUUGGGACGAGAUCUGCUCCACCCUUGACAUGAACACGCAUCUACCAAAACCGGAAAAGCAAGAGGAAAAGGAGGGUACUAAAGAAGAGGGUAACAAGGAAUCUAAAGAGGAGAAGGAGGGCGACAAGGAGAAAGCGGACAAGGAGGAAAAGGAAGUAGAAAAAGACGAAAAGAAGGAAGUUGACGAGAACAAAGAAAAGGAGAAAGAGGGAAAAUAAGGUGUCGCGCGGCGGCAGAAAGCAAAUAAGUUGUUCAAAGGGUAAAAGGCGAUUUAACUGUGGAAAAUUUAGGGUGUGAUCUGGAUAUGGGCGGGGAAAAAGGGAGAGACGCGGAAAGGGGUGGGUAAGGAUGCAUGCGUGUUCGAGAGUGUGUUUAUGUAUGUAUGGAUCUGCGAGUGCAUGCAUCGCGCGAAUGUCUGACGAAAAGCGAGAGAACGGGAGGGUGGUGUAGAGAGCAUAAGAAAGUGAUUGACGGAGAGGAAAGGGGAGAAUGCACGAGAGACAUCCGAUGAGAGCAAAAGAUGGGAGGGGGAUUCAAGUCUAGAGCUCUCUACUUAUACGUAUAGAUAUUAAUAGACUCAUAAUGUUAAAUACUUCGUUUAUAUACGUUUGACACGUUACGCCAUUUCUCAUCGACACCCCAGCACACCCGAAUCGAACAACUGUUUCCGACCCAGGGCCCUUUUUCCUCCUUCCCCCCCCCCCCCCCUCCCCCCGGAGAAAAUAGCAAGAAAAGAUAAAAAAAAAGAACAACAGAACGGGGCUAUCUCAUAAGUCAUUAGAAUUGUAGGUUUGCAAUAUAUCAAAUGCAAUAGCCUGACGCAGGUGUGAGAUCUUUAUGAACAGUGGCCAAAUGCGGAAUCGUACGCUGCAAUGAUGCGUACGGUGUGGUAGUAGUUUACGAAGAAGAGCGAGAUCGUUUAUGAUUGCGAUAUACAUGAAAUAGCCGCCCCCCCCCCUACCCCCCGGCGCCAAACCCUGAUUCUUGAUUCAGGGAGAAAAGCGCGUCUUGCGGUCGCUUCUACCAUUGGUUCUUACUGUGCAAAAUGAGUUAUGUACCUAGCGUUCCAAGCAACGUAUACCGUAUAUCACAUUAUGAUGAUCUUCGUUUAGUCGUGCUUAUUUUUUUUUUUUUUGUAUUUGUACUCGCGCUUCGAAUCGCCGUUCGAUAGAGGAGACCCUUAUGAUAUCGUAUCCCUUUCAACGCGUCGAUUCGAGUCCACCACUCAUGCGCGAUCGUACACGCAAGACACAUUCCUUUCUGAUUCAUUGGUGCUCGAAUAACUUCUAGUGAAUCGCUUUCUCGCGGCGAUGAUCAGAGGUUGUAAGUCUUCGUAUCGAUGCAUCAGAUUGGCGAAGAAAUAUGUAGAGCAAAGAGAGAGGGAGGGUUGUCGCUUCUUCAAAUUGAUCUAUUUUCUCUUUUUUUAUAUAUGGCACUGGCUUCAACCGGAGAUAGGCAACGGAUCUAAUUUUUUUAUUUCGUAUUUUCUAUCAAAUUUAAACUUGUAGUUUUUAUUCGACGAAUAACGAAUGAAGAGAUGAUCUUCGAUUCGAUAUAAAAAAUUAUUUUAUCCAGAUAAGAAGUUUGCCCGUCUCUGGAGUUCGAUCGUUGUUAACUUCGAAGCGAAUCGUAUAUUUUAACUUCACUUAUUCAUCGGCUACUCGUUCCCACGCGUACACCCAAACACACACACACACACACAACAUUUGCGCAUACACACGCAUGCACGCGUGCGCGCGGGUCGACUGCCUUUUUUUUUUUUAUUGACAACGUCCCAACGAGCGAAGACUCAUUUGCGAUUACGGAUCGACGGCAAAUAUUAUAUUUACGAUUACUUUGUAUAUUAUUAUAUAGAUAUUUUGUAUUAUGUAUACGCGGAUGCAAUCCGAGUAAUAAUAGCGGAUUCGACUGUC